GGUGGAUCGAUUGACUGACAGCUCUGAGAGGCGGCGCCCACCCGGCGCCGGGGAAAGCGGCAGCCUCGGCAUCUCCGACAGGGCCGCUGCACCAUCAGCCACGGCGGCAAGGAUGAUCUCCCCGCGGAAUCGAGGCGGGGAGGUGGCCCGAUUCUACACGGUCACCGAGCCCAAGCGCCACCCUCGGGGAUACACGGUAUAUAAGGUCACUGCGAGGAUUGUUUCACGAAAAAAUCCAGAAGAUGUCCAAGAGAUAGUCGUUUGGAAGAGAUACAGUGACUUUAAGAAAUUGCACAAAGAACUCUGGCAGAUUCAUAAGCACUUAUUCAGGCAUACAGAAUUGUUUCCUCCUUUUGCUAAAGCAAUAGUAUUUGGGCGAUUUGAAGAAGGUGUGAUUGAAGAGAGAAGACAGUGCGCAGAAGAUUUGCUUCAGUUUUCUGCCAACAUCCCCAUGCUCUACACUAGCAAGCAGCUUGAAGAUUUCUUUAAGGAUGGAGAGGUGCAUGAUGGAUCUGAAUUGAUUGGUCCUGCAGAACCUCUGGUGGACUCUCUGACAGACAGCUUAUCUACCUGCAGUUCUGAAGCUCGGAAAGAUGUCCUUGAUGAAGUGACACUUAGCCAGUCAGAAUAUGGAGGUUUAUCCAGUGACAGUGACUUGAUUUCCUUGACCAUUGAUGCAGAUUCUCUUGUUGAGUUAGAUGAUGGAAUGGCAUCUAACCAGGAUUCCCCCAGCACAUCACUUGGUCUCAGCUUUGCUGCUGAACCUCCAGUAUUGGCAUCUGCCAUUUCAGAUCAUGAAUGGAGCAAAUCUGAAAGUGAGAGGGAGAGCCGGGGUUUAUUCACUGGGAGCUUGAAGGCCAAGCUUGGCAGAAGAGAUUACUUGGACAAAGCUGGAGAACUGAUAAAACUGGCCUUGAAGAAGGAGGAAGAGGAAGAUUAUGAAGCUGCAUUUGGCUUUUAUAGAAAAGGAGUCGAUCUGCUUUUAGAAGGAGUUCAAGGAGAAUCAAGUCCAACUCGUCGUGAAGCAGUGAAGAGGAAGACUUCAGAAUAUCUGAUGAGAGCAGAAAAAAUUUCCAGCAUUUACUGUAGAUCCUCAUCAGAAGAUGGCUCAAUACUUGGUCCUCCAGGAUCACUAAGUUCAAGGCCCUCUUGGAACCUAAGGAGCCCUGCCGAGGAACUGAAGGCCUUUCGAGUCCUUGGGGUGAUUGACAAGGUUUUGCUUGUAAUGGAUACUAGGACACAACAGACAUAUAUAUUGAAGGGUCUAAGAAAAAGUAGCGAAUGCAGCAGGAAGAGAAAGACCAUCAUCCCCCGCAGUGUGCCCAACAUGGUGGCUUUGCACAAGUACAUCAUCUCAGAGGAAUCAGUCUUCCUUGUGCUGCAUCAUGCAGAAGGAGGCAAACUUUGGUCCUACAUUAGUAAAUUCUUGAACAGGAGUCCUGAAGAAAGCUUUGAAGCCCCUAAAUCCAGAAAAUCCAGCUGUACCAAAAUACAUUUGCAUCAGGCAAGUCCUAGUCCUCAGGAUAUCAGCAGUAACCUUGGCUCCAGAAGAAAUAAUGAGGACAAUGAAUUAAAGGUUUUACCACUGCAGACCAGUCUCACUCCAAGUUCUCAAGAUGGUAGUAGUAACCAAGAAGAAGAUCAGGAAAGUUCUCCUAAGUGGAUUGACUCUGGGUCUAGUUCAGAAGAGGAAUGUACCACAAGUUAUCUAACAUUAUGCAAUGAAUAUAGUCAAGAAAAAAUUGACCCUGGAUCAUUAAAUGAGGAACCUGUCCUGAAACCAGAUGAUACGAAAGACCAAAGAGGCCUCCAAGCUCAAGGUGAAGUUGCCACUGGGAACUUGGAAUCUGCAUUCACAUGUCAGGAAAUAAAAGAGUUUGCUGACGAUGUGGAUCCAGAAACUGCCAAUCCUACUAUGAUAUCAGAAUCAUUAAAUAAAUCCAAGAACAGCCCCAUGGAAUUUUUCAGAAUUGAUAGUAAAGAUAGCACCAGUGAACUUCUGGGUCUUGAUUUUGGAGAUAAACUUCAUAACUUAAAAUCAGAAUCUUUCAAGCCAUUUUUUCCUACAUUAGAUCAAGAUGAGAGCCUUGAAAUCAUUGAAAACAAAUUAGGCUUUGCAUCUCAGGAUACUAUCAGCAGGGGCUCUAAUGACUCUGUGCCUGUGAUAUCAUUUAAGGAUGUAGCCUUUGAUGAGGUUGGUAGUAUUGAUGAAGGAAGACCUGACCUUUUGGUCAAUUUGCCAGGCAUUAUGGAGCAAAUGAAAGAAGCUCCGGUGGAUAGACCAACAAAACUGAUGGAACAGAAUGGAGACAUUUUGGAAAGCAAACUUUUGGAAACCCCCGAUGUCUUGCAGUUGAAUAACAGUGCAGAACAAAGCAGAGUGCUUGAACAAAAGGUAGAGCGUCUGAAGGAAGAAAAAUCACAAGGACUAUGCAAAGACAAUCAGGAAACAGCUAGGAUAUUCCAUACACCUGCUAGUGACUCAAUUGGUUUUGGGGACAGGAUGGCCUUUCAAGGACUCGGAGAAGCAUCGUCAUUAGAUAUUUUCAGCAUAAAGGAUAAUGUCAUAGUUGCCAGUGCACAAGUAGUUGUUACAGAAGACAGCUUAGAUGUGGACAGUGAAGCUGUGUUGCUGUUUUCUGAUCAUACUGAAGAAAACUGUAAAGAGGGAACAGCCCCCUCUUUGUCACACAAAGCAGAAAGCAAAGAGUUGGAUGUGAGGAGCAGAGGAGAGAAUGAAAUACAUCAUUUUUUUCAGGACUUGGAUGAGAGAUUAGCACUAACCUCCAGAUUUUACCUCCCUGAAGGCUGUGUUCAAAGAUGGGCAGCUGAAAUGGUGGUAGCCCUUGAUGCCUUGCAUCGAGAAGGAAUUGUGUGCCGUGAUUUGAACCCAAACAACAUCUUAUUGAAUGAUCGAGGACACAUUCAGCUAACGUAUUUUAGCAGGUGGAGUGAGGUUGAAGAUUCCUGUGACAACGAUGCCAUAGAGAGAAUGUACUGUGCCCCAGAAGUUGGUGUUGUUUUUGAAGAAACGGAGGCCUGCGACUGGUGGAGUUUGGGUGCCCUUCUCUUUGAACUCCUUACUGGAACGACUCUCUUGGAGUGCCACCCAGCAGGAAUAAAUACUCAUACCUGUUUAAACUUGCCAGAUCACAUUUCAGAAGAAGCCAGAUCACUCCUUCAACAGCUUUUGCAAUUCAAUUCUGUAGAACGUCUUGGCGCUGGAAUCGCUGGAGUUGACGACAUCAAAGCACACCCUUUUUUUGCCACCAUUGAUUGGACCGAAUUAGCUAAGUGAAAAACUGUACAAGUUGUCUAUGCUUAGGCUGCAGACUUCCAACAGACAAUACUCUUGGCUUGCUGCCAUUAUGAAGAUUUUAGAUGUUUCCAGACUAGGAUGAAUAAAUUGGAAAUUGGAAUCCAAACACCACAUGAAGUGCUAAAGCUUGAUUGGACAAAAGAAAGGUGUGGUUCAUACUGCUAGCGAUUGACUUCAGUUCUUCUUUUGUGUUGGAAUCAUGUGCAGAGCUAAUUGCAGGGCAUUACAAACGGUUGCCAUUGCAUGUCAUGUAUUUCCUCCCCCCCUCCCCCCCAUAUUUUAAAUCAUGGGAAUCUGGAUGGAAAAGAUUUGGCAACAUUUUUGGCAGUAGCCCUUUGACUGAAGUUACAUCUAGCUCUGGUGUUGGUGGGGAAUUAUGCAAAUAAGAAUGGACUCCUUGUAUUUUGUUUUAUUUUAAAUGAUGAUGAGUUGUGGAAUUUCUGUUGUACAUUCCAGUAUCUAUUGUCUAUGCCAGUUGAAUAGAGCUCCUUUUUUUAUACUUCGGUAGCCUUGGCACAGUUGAAUUUAAGUAGAUUGGAGAACAGGGAGAAAAAUAACUUAUCAAUAACAUAUGCUAAAUAAAAUAUUAUGGUGCUUCUGCAAAACUUGACAUUGAAUAUGUCUAAUUUGGAGAGGGGGGAUGGCAGGAGAAUGAAAGCUAGUAUCAUGCAAUGUAAUUCCAAAAUGGUUAAGUGUCAUCUCUUAAAAAAUGGAAAAAUGUAAUCUAGCUAUUGCUAUUUUGCGCUUGUUGGUUGCAAUGUAAUGUUUGUUUUAAAGCACUAAUUUUAACCUCAAGUUUUAAAUCACUACAAGUUCAAAAAUCUCUCAUCCAGAUAAUGAUUACUUUAGUAAUUUAAAUGGAUCAAGAAAAUAGAAUGCAGAAAAAUGUAUGGAUGUAUGGGUAUAUGGAUAUAUGGAAAACUACCAUUUAUUGUAUGGAAAAUCAUGCUUUCAUAUAACUCUAAUAUUUUUAUGGUAGGCAGUUUUUUUUUUUUUUUGCUUACAUAGAAAAUGUUCAAGUUUGCAGAAUUCCACUUACAUGUGCAUGUGUUUUUAUUUGCCCAUGUGAAUUCUGAAAAUGUUUUAGCUUCUCAAUUUCGUUACAAUUUUGUUUCUUUGUUUAGAAACAUUAUUUUAUGUGUUUUAUCAUUGUGAAUCCCUCCUAAGGAGGAGAGUCUUCAAACAACUGUUCUGAGAAAAUUUGGGAGUUUUAUAUUAAAGUGCUCUAUAUUUGGAGAGAAUAUUUGGAAAUCUUUCACAAGCACUGGUGCUUCACAAUUGGAAUUCCAUUGUAUAUGCCAUGAACAGGCCCAACUGAAAAGGGAUGGAUGAGAUGUCUACAUUGCUUGUGCUUUUAAUGAAUAUUGUUUUCUUAAUAUAUUUGCCAAGAAGCUGUGUCAGAAGACUGCUGACUUCUGAUACAAUUGGAAUAAUGGUGAUUUGGCUGUUGGUUCCUAAUCUGUUGAUAAUUUUGUCAAAUGGAAACAUAAACUCCAAAAAUUGAGAAUAAGACAACCUAAAGUUAAUAUGUACUUAAAAUAAAGGCUCGCUCUUUUAAAAGGUCAUUGUGUUAGUACAUGUAAAAAUCUUCUGUAAUAACUACUUUAAAAUGACUCAUUAAGAUAUUAUGCUCUAAACGCAUAUAUUAAAAUACCAUACAAACA